AAAUAAAGACUGUCUUACACAUGCGUUGAUCGACCAAUAGGAGAUAUAAAUCCAUAUGCGCAGACACCUCUUUCUUACCCUGCAUUCAGACCAACUCUAAAAUUUCCUACAUGUAGAACGUACUGUGUAGUUGAGAGUAUUCCAUACAGUAUCUACAAUCCCGUUUCCGAAAAAUUCUAAAGCAACGAGGCCAACUGUUAUAGAUACCGCCAUGCGUGGAACGGUCUUAAAGCCGAGUCUGUACAACCAGUUGUUUUUAAGAUAUCGGCUGGCCAUCUCUUUUGAACCGAGAAAUUUUGAUUCACUACGAGGAGGGAACAGAUGUAUUUGAUAAUAUCAAUGAGUAUAUUAUGUAUGUACUACUAGUUUGACUAGAGACAAGUACACUCUACCCAAAUUUACAGAUACAGCUAGUUACCAAGUAGAAGAUGAUAUGCGCAGCAGGCAAAUCGCUAUUAGCUGUUUACGUUGAAUUUUUUGUAUAGAUAAAAUAUAUGAGUAUUGCUAGAAAAAAUUCUAUUAGGCUGUGCAAUUACAGUCCAACAAUUUAGGCAAACUCUGUUUUUUUGACGAAGGUAGAGAGGGCAUAGUGGGGAGAGCAGCUGACAGUUGAGAAGUAUCGCGAUAAAUAUUGAUGUUUACGGCUAUGACAGACACCGAGCCAAUAGUUGAAGAUAGAAGUGUCUUGACUUCUAUGUUUUUGGACGAGCUUAAAAAUGAGGACGUUCAAGCGCGCAUUUGUGUCAUUCGUCGUCUCCAAUCCAUUUCCAAGUCUUUAGGGUUCGAAAAGACGAGAGAAGAUUUGUUGCCUAUGUUAAGUGAAAUUUUAGAUGACGAAGACGAUGUUUUGUUGGUUCUAGCAGAGGAAAUUAAAAAUCUUGUUGAUGCGGUGGGAGGAAAAGAAUAUGCGUAUCUUCUAUUAGUCCCUUUAGAAUUGCUAGCCUCUGCAGAUGAAACAGCUGUUCGAAAUAAGGCGGUUGAAGCUAUUAAAUCUGUAGCUGAGAUUCUUCCGAAUGAACACAUACAAGCCUAUUUGGUCCCGUGCAUUAGGCGCCUCGGUACUGGAGAUUGGUUCAGUCCGCGCAUUAGUGCAUCCAACUUAUUGGCUGCAGCCUAUCCAAAAGUAUCGCCUGAGAUUCAAGCAGAACUUAGAGUACUAUUCAACAAUCUGUGCUCUGAUGAUACGCCCAUGGUUCGCCGCUCGGCCUUCUCUCAACUCAAGGAUUUUGUGAAGCUGGUAGACAGGGAAUACCUUGAUAGCAUAAUAGAAACGUUUAAAUUUGUUGCAAAGAAUGAGCAAGAUUCGGUCAGGUUGCUGACGGUUGGAAACUGCAUAGCAAUUGCAGAGAUGUUGAAUGAAGAAGAAAGAGAUAAACAUAUUCUGCCGGUCGUGCGUGCAUGCGCUAUGGAUAAGUCGUGGCGUGUACGUUAUAUGGUUGCUACCCUUUUUCUGGAAUUGUACGAUAUCAUGAAUCCAAAAUUAAAUCGAAGUGAAUUUGUAGAUUAUUUUGUUCAACUGUUAUGCGAUGUUGAAACAGAAGUGAAGAUUGCUGCUUGUAGCAACAUUACAAAGUUUUGUCAGAGAGGAGGCGAGGAGCUGGUAGAAUGGGUCAUGCCACUUAUACAAGAUCUAGCUAAAGAUACAGACCAGCAUGUGAGAAUGAUACUGGCAGAAGAUAUAGUUGGGCUCGCAUCGAUUGUGACCAAAGAAGAGAUGAUAAAGCAGUUGUUGAAUUUGUAUUUACUGUUGCUUAAGGAUGAAACGUCAGAAGUGCGGCUGAACAUUAUAUCUAGGUUCGAUAUGCUGAACAAGGUGAUAGACGCAGAUUUCCUUCUGAGGCAUCUGAUGCCGACAAUUAUCGAACUUGCAGAAGACCGACAAUGGCGUGUAAGAUUGGCAGUAAUCGAGUAUAUACCAUUGAUAGCAAAAGAACUUAGCGCAGAAUUUUUUGAUCAAAAGCUCACUAAUUUGUGCAUGAUAUGGCUAGGAGAUUCGGUGUUUUCAAUACGCGAGGCUGCGACGAAGAAUCUGAAGCAUUUGACAGAGAUUUUUGGAGUCCAAUGGGCACAAGAAAAGAUUAUACCCAACAUUUUAAUUCUGCGCUCUGAGCCGAAUUAUCUGCACCGUAUGACAGCUCUGGCUGCAUUCUCCGUUUUAUCGACGGUCGUCUCGAGUGAUGUCGUUGGAAGCACGAUGCUCAAUUAUGUGACCGAGAUGGCUUAUGAUUCUGUCCCGAACGUUCGAUUCAAUACCGCCAAAACACUACAGAAGUUUAUCCCGGUACUGAGCCGUGCAGUCAUAAACACCAAGGUUAAACCGACGUUGGAGAAGUUAUUGAAUGACCCGGAUAUGGACGUUAGAUACUACAGUCAGCAGGCGUGGGAACUCUUAUAAGAGCGCGGCCCAGAAAGAAAGGAAAUUUUGGCGAUACCAUUCAAAAGAAGUUAAGUGAAAGGAUGAAUUAUUUGUUUCAGCCUCAGAUGUAAUACGGAUAGCAGAUGAGAUGGGUAGAUAAGCGUUGAUCGAUUUAAUUGGUGUUUUAGUCGUUAUUCUAAGAGUGUCCCAUAAGUGUUUUUACUAAAAACCUUAUAUAAAGAGUGAAAAACUAAAA